AUGACCCGCAAGAAGAAAUCCAAAGCCCGCAAGAUAAUCACCAGGCGAGGAGAUCUUCCCAAGAAACCAUCACCCCCGCAACCGCUACCGCUACCACCACGACUACCAGGCCCGAUCCCCUCCAUCGAAACACCCACCGGUCUAGCUCGGGCUCCAGCUCCAGCUCCCGCUCCAGCUCGACCAAACGCGACCAGCCCACCCCCGAAAUCCCACUUCGCAUUCUCCUGGUGGCGUAACCCAAUGGGAAGCGAGAUGUUGCGCGGUCAGCUUGCUCACGGCAGUAGUGGUCAGCUUAGCCAAAGCAAUAGGGGUCCGAUUCCUCAAGGCCAUAGUGGUCCACCUGCCCAAGGCUAUAGCAAGCGGGCUGGUAUAGGUACAACUGGCAACGGCAACUACGGCACCGGCUGCAUCAUCAAGCGCGAGGACGGCGGGUAUCAUGAAUAUGAAUACUUCACUCCAGCCCCAGCGUAUCACAUGGGGUAUGUUGGUAAUAUGGGGAUGACGCCGAACUAUAAUGGCGCGGGAUAUGCGGGCGGGUUUGGGACUGGUACCACGGGCGAUAGUGUUGGUCAUUAUCAGCAUCAGCUGGGGGGUCUGGGGGUUGGUGUGAAGGAGGAAAUUUAUGGUAUGUGGUUUGGGGAUGAUGUGGGUUACUGGGGGGAGGAUGUCAAAUCGUUCAGGGAGUAUGGCAAGCCGUUUGGUGCAGGUAAUGGGGGUGAGCAUGGCAAACCGUUCAGUGCAGACUACGGGCACGGGCACGAAAAGGGCAAGGCAUAUGACACCAAUACCAACACCACCGUGGCAGGGUACGGAGCAGAAGCAGGAUACCAACCAGCUUCCGCGAUGUCUUACAUCUCAGGGCAUGGUCCUGCUGCCUCCUCCGCCACUCGUAACGCUGUGUAUACUGAACUCAUGAACAGAGACGGCGAUGGUCUCCAUUACGGCGACGACAAUGACAUCCAACCUAUGGACCCUCGCCACCUCGACGAGACUGACAGUGUGAAGAGCACCACCCCCGAUCUGACUCGCAAUUGUGUAUUCUGCGGCAGGAAUGGGCAUUCGACUGGGGCGUGUCCGGAGAGGCACGUCGACCAGCGCAAACUACGACAGCACCCGGGGAGGGAGACACAGAAGGAGGUGGAGGAGGAGCGGGAGAAGCUGGAUGCUCUCCUUCGCGAGGCUCAGGAUCUGGAGGAACGUACUUCGCAACUGCUGACUCGAGACGAGCCGCCGGUGGAUUUGGAUGAUAUUCUACGCCAGAUUAUUGAGGAUAUGAGGUGA